ACUGGGAAGCUGAGGAUUCAUAGAUGCAUUCAGAUGCGCUGACUUUUUUGUGAAUGAAAGAGGACAAUAGAUCUGCGCCUGUAGGGUCCCAGGCAGGCGAGACCACCGCCUGCUGGGGAUCAAAAACUGGACCAUGACCCUGGAGAGACAGCUCAUGGGUGAGCCAGACAUUGAUGUGGAGGUACACAGAGACUUUGGUGAAGAGAAGAAGAAGACACAUUUGUCAGAGUUUGGGAGUAACAGAGCAGACUUGGAGAAACGCGCUUCAUCCUCUACUGUUGCAGACCGGGAGGAGGGAGACUUUACAGUCCGGUUACAGGCUGGUCCAAGCCUCAGAACCGGCUCUGUGAAACCUCCGUACUCUUACAUCGCUCUCAUCACCAUGGCCAUCCUGCAGAGCCCGAAGAGGAGACUCACCCUGAGUGAGAUCUGUGAUUUCAUUUGCACGCGCUUUGGGUAUUAUCGGGAGAGGUUCCCCGCGUGGCAAAACUCCAUCCGUCACAACCUGUCUUUGAAUGACUGCUUUGUCAAAAUGCCCCGUGAGCCUGGAAAUCCUGGCAAAGGGAAUUACUGGACACUGGACCCCAUGUCGGCUGAUAUGUUUGAAAACGGGAGUUUUCUACGGCGGAGGAAGCGCUUUAAAAGACAGCAUUUCCACUUGGGAGCGUUAAAGGAACCCAUGACACAGGAGCGCUGCGUGACGCGCGUGCUUCCUCCACUCGGCGCUCAAAGGAUGACUCCUUCUAUUCAGUGCCCUGAUUUGUAUGGAGACCAAGGCAUAAGACAUCGAUUAAGCCCGCACAUUAGACCCAGCAUUCCACCUGCGAGCGGUAUCCUUCCCGCGCUCUCUUCGCUCCUCUCUAGAAACUUCCCAUCAUGCCUGACGUUUGACCAUUUGGAGGCUGGACGCUGCGCCGCUGCGCCAUCUUUUGCCCCGCACUCUACGCUCAUACCUCCGGCGACACUGCGCGGAGUGAUACCCAAUUACCCUGUCUCUCAUGUGUGCAGUUUCCCUUCUGGAGCUAUCAAAGUAUUAUCCUACUCGAUUUAACAAAACCACAGGAUGAAGUGUCAAAUAAAAACACACAAAACGACUACAAAAAAAUCAACGAUGUCCUGAGCUGGGACAGCGCGUGACGUUUUUUGUUUCUAUGGAGAAAAAACCUUUUGAAUAACUGCUAUAUUAGGCCUUCACAUGGUAUUGAAUUUGUAACGUUUGAAAUAAAACGUGUAGGAUUUUUCA